AUGCCCCUUUGUCACAUUGCUGACGGUCUUUCCAUUCAGCGAGCCCAGCAAACUGGUGUGAGGCGCAAUGUAGGGACUUUGCGCGGCCGGCGUGACGUCCGUAACACAGUUUUCAUUCCUAAUCCAACGCAAGGUAGUGAUGUCCCUACUCAACCAUCUGGGUCUGACGUCCCUAUGCCGGUCUCGCCGGGUCUCCCAUCAAAGCAUGCGGCUUCUCCCAGCAUUGCAACAGAAGAUCAUGCUCUGUCAGAUACAACCUCGGUACGCUCGGGGCACACCUUGCACGGUAGCUCAGGUGCAGUUGCACACCCUGAUCUCCACGAACCAGGUCUGAACGCGUCUAUCAUUGAAACGGUUAAUGCAUGGUUCUCCGACGGUGUUGUAACCAAGUCAUCCGUUAUCGGAGAGCUUGCAUUGGCAUACAACGGAACCCCCAACGCGAACACCACAGUUCGUUUAGAAAAUUUCCAGGUACUGGAGAAGGUAGCUGCAAACCCUCAUUUUGUGAGUGAAGAGAAAGAUAAGGAUCUAUCGGAUGAGAAAAGAGGACAAUACAGCAUACAUAUUCCCACAAUUGCUCGCCCCUCACCGAUAGUGGCUUUCAAGUACCAACUUCAUGUUGACGCAUCCGACUCUUCUGCCUACUGUCCGGUUAUUUUCAAACCUGUAUGGAACAUUGAGGAACAUCAGGCUAGUGUCAUCGUUUUCUAUUCGUUGAAUCCGUCAUUCACAUCUUCCGUACCAAGAGAAUCAGUCACCCUUAAGAAUCUGAUUCUGACGGUGAACCUGGAUACAUCUCCUGAGGAGGGCCGAGAAGUGGCCCAUGCUACGAGUGCCGUCAUGUAUCCUAAUACGGGGGCGUCCUUCCGUCGCAAGCACUCGGCGGUGACCUGGAAGUUGCCUGAGUUCGAAGUUACAGCUGGAUCUGACGGCAAGCUGCUGGUUCGAUUCUCAACGGCAACUAGUUGGCCAAGAAAAGGGAAGGUCGAGGCAAAAUUCGAGGUCCAUACUCUUGAUGCUGGCUCGCGACUGGGAAUCAGUGCCGCGUCGCCAACGGAGGAGAUUACGCCAAAGGGAUCUGAUCCUUUUGCGGACGAAGACUCCGGCGCACCUGACGAUGCUCAACCCUCCCUAACAUGGAAAGAAGUCCCUACUACUCGCAAGCUGGUUGGAGCCCGCCGGACCGUUCCAGUUUCGAGAUACCACCGUAACUGUCUUUGUCGGAUUUCUUUGGAAUAG